AAGAAAUAGGUGGGUCAACAGUUGUUAGUUAUACCCGCUGUCUGAAGAAGUGUUAAGUACAAAGUCCUUAUAAAACAGCAAGUUUGGCCUCAGCACAAAUGUAGGCUAGGUCAUUUGUAUGACAGCAACGAGUGUGUCAGCGCAAGAUGUCAGGGAAAGAACCUUGCCCCUUGAUUUCCGUUCAUCCAGGCCGUAGUAAGGUUGAUGAAAACUUUGUAGUACUUGUUCAGCACUUGGCUCCUGGACUGGCAGUCACUAUACAUGCUCUAAUUCACACUGAAGAUGAUGACUUUUGGGAGGCGUUUGGUCAUUAUAUCAGUGAUGACAAGGGAUCUGUUAAUGUUGCUAAGGAUGCCAGUAUCGGAGGGUCCUAUGAUGGUGUUGAGCCUAUGGGUCUUUUGUGGAGCAUGAAACCAAUCCCUGGGAGUAGACCAGGUCUCAGGUUGCGGAAGAAGGACGUGCACACUCCACUGGUUGUCCAUCUUACAGUCUAUCGAGAUCACAUGCAUGACGGUUUUAAAGACACCAAGGCUCUGGCCUGUGCUGUGGCUGAACGCUGGUACAUGGCUCCUGGUGUUCAGAAGGUUAGCAUCACCGAGAACGGGAUCACUGGGACUCUGUUCUUACCUCCAGGGCCUGGACCUUUCCCUGCUCUGCUGGACCUAUGGGGAGGUGGUGGAGGCUUGGUAGAGUACCGCUCUGCUCUGCUGGCAUCACAUGGCUAUGUGUCUUUAGCGCUGGACUAUUUGACCCCUAAGACCUCUGACACACAGCACGUGGGCAACGACUACUUUGAGGCAGCAUACAGUAUGUUACAGGAGCACCCUCAGGUGUGUGCCGACAGGAUUGCAAUGUUGGGCUUGUCCUUUGGCACCUCCGUUGCUCUUGGCAUGGCAGUUUAUUCCCCAGUCAUAAAGCCAAAGUGUUUGGUGUGUGUGAGUGGAAGCCACGUCAUGCCUGUCAAUGGGUCUCUUUCAGAUGUGUUUGCAGAGAUCAAGAAAAAUGUCCGCAACACUCGCUAUGACGAGGAGAACAGGGUCAUAUGGCGCGACUUGCUUUUGCCCAUUCCAGAUGACCCUUCCAAGAAAGUUGAUGUGGGUCGAAUUCAGUGUCCUGUUUUACUACUAGUGGGAGAAGAUGACCAGAACUGGCCAGCCUUAGAGUCUGCAGAGGACAUGAAGCAGAUGAUGGAGAGAUCUGGAAACAGCCACCUCCUCACUAUAGCAUCCUACCCUGGCACCGGCCACCUGAUUGAGCCCCCUUACAGUCCACAUGUCCGGGGCAGCAACUUCAUGGUGGCUCAGUCCAGGACAAAGGUCGUUGUUUUGUGGGGGGGGCAGACGGUGCCUCACUCUAAGGCACAGGAGGACGGCUGGCAAAAGACCUUGGCCUUUCUGGAGGAACAUCUUUAUGGCUCCACACACAGAUGACUGGCAGGCUAGCACUUUCAGAAAGGGAAAGGGUGGAAAUCAGUGUUUGUGGUAAUGAGGAACAUCAACAAUGAGACAAUAAUGCCAAAUCAGUAUAAGGCUUUGGCAAUCAACAGUUUAUCAAUAUCGUUUUUAAAUAACUGAUGCUUCUUAUGAAAUUCCAAAGCUCAGUGAUACAGCACUUGAACCUCUGAUUGUACAGUAUGUUUUGCACAAACCCAUGUGUUUAUUGGUAGUACUAGGCUCGUUCCUUUCAUGAGGGUGGAAGUCAUUUUAUGAUGUCUUCUAUUCGGACAUUUUCAGGAAAGGUCUGGGAGUGAUCCGGAUCACCGUCUGGAUCCAGGAGGCGGUUAUGUUUUUUGCUUGGCGGAGGUCUGCACUCUCGGAGUGCUUUCCUAGUUUAGAGUAGUUUAGAGUAGUUUACAAUCAAAUAAUUGCUCUUCAAAGCAAACCAAUGACAAACUAGAAAAGCACUCAGAGAGCGCAGACCUCCGCCUGUAUUGUUCUUCCUAGGUUGUCAUACAUUUGAACCUAAACUAUUCAGAUCGCCACCACGUGGCCAUACCAUGCCAUUACACCACUAAGCGAAAAACAUAAACGGCUCGGGAAUCCCGGCGGUGUUAUGGAUCACUCCCAAAAUUUAAUCGUUUCUUCCUUGGAUCAUUUCUGACCUUCCCAAUUUCAUCGAAAUCCAUCGAUUACUUUUUGAGUUAUCUUGCUAACAGACAGACAGACAGACAGACAGACAGACGGAGGUAAUAAUUAAAUUGUGUAACAGUUAGUAAUUUGUUGUAUAUUAUUUGGGCUUUGAUAAGCCAUCAAGGGUUUUGUUGAUUUAUGUUUGAUAUGUGCUUCACCAUUCCCAUAUCACAUGCCUUUUAGAAACUUUCAAAAAUAGAUAACCACCAGCCAUAAUGAUUUUAAGAAUUUAAAUGUGUGAUUUGGAAUUCAAUGGGACCAAAUCAGACGCUGCAUAAAUAAAAAAACAGAAUUAUAGAUUUGUGUGGCCUAGUCAGUCACUGCUUAGUUUAGAAUACAGUGUAUUAGAAAUACUGGAAAUCUCAUUCAGGUAGACCCUUUGAAGGGUAAGCCUACUUCAUUUGACGAGGACAAAAGUGUCCACUUAGUAACUUUGUCAGUGUCCUGGCUACACUUACUCUGUCAACAAUGAUGUGAAGAAUUAGAAAAUGUAACACUACAAGAUUGAAACAGUCUUUCAAAUGGGUAGGAUUCUAUCUUUUCCUGUAUCACCAUUGGUUUUUUAGGUUGUUCUUUUUUAAUAAAAAAAAAAAGAA